AUGAAGACCCGAAAAUUGUGCAUAAACGAGUGCAUCCCGUAUGUGCAAAAGUACGAAUGGGGGGAGGGUAAAGAUGGGAUGGUUUAUGAUGUUAUGAAGAAUAUAGUGAAGGAGAACUACGAUUUGGUGAAAAAGGACAUUCAUAAGUUGGAAUACAUAAAGGAGUAUGUGACAAAUGGUGAGGAGGAGAAGAAAAAGAAGAAAGAAGAGGAGAAGAAAAAGAAAAAAGAGGAGGAGGAGAGGAAGAAGAAGGAAGAGGAGGAGAAGAAAAAGAAGAAAGAAGAAGAAAAGAAAAAGAAGAAAGAGGAGGAAAAAAGAAAGAAGAAAGGGGAGGCAUCUGCAGCGGCAGACGAAAUAGGCACCGGGGUGGAGACUACCCCCGAAAAUGUUUCACCAGAGGAUAAGAGCAAUGAAAAUGAACAGAACAGUAGCAACGGUAAAGAUGAAGUCAAAACAAAUGAUGAAGCAGAGCCAAAGUACGCAGAGCUCUGGAUCGGUAACCACGAAAAGGGUCCCAACUUAGUAUUGUACAAAAAUAAUUUUAUAAAAAUCGAAAAUUUUAUACAAAUAUAUGAAGCGAAGAAAAGAAAAAAAGGAAAAAUUGCAAAAUAUUUUUCCAAGAAAAAUGAAAACAUGGAAAAUAAUAAUAGCAAUAAAAGAAACUCAACCAAAUCGGAAGAUGUCAACACCAUUAGGAAGAAUGAAAGUGAUGUGAAGAGAUACUCUGAUAUUGAAUUUUCUUCAUUGAAUAAUUAUUCCUUGUACGAAAAGUAUGACAUUCUAAAGGAAGAAGUUAAUAAUAGCACGCUCUUUCCAUAUCUGUUUAAGUUGUUGUCCAUUUCAAAGCCUCUCAGCAUACAGAUUCACCCCAACCAAGCGCAGACACUCUACCUGAAUACACUGAAUCCAAACCUUUACAAGGACAAAGUAUUCAAAACGGAGAUGUGUGUCUGUAUUAAUUCCAUGAGUUUGUUAUGCGGCUUCAUGAAUAUUUUUAAAAUUGCCUUUUUAGUAACGAGAGUGCGGGAGCUACACGAUUUUUUCCUUAAACGGGAGAAUGCACGCGGUGGUAACAGUGAAACUGGUAGUACUAUCUGCAUUGAUGAACCUGUGCAGGGUAAGUCCGGGGUCGAAGAGUCAAAAGAUAUUUUUCGUCUGUUCGACCUGUUCCACACACAGAAAGACGAACACGUGGAGGAGCUCAUGAAGAUGUUGGCGAGAAUUUACAUUUACAUAAUUAGCUACGCCCUGAAGAGGGGGAGCACGCAAAUGUACAACGUGCUAUCUGUAGUUGAUAACUACGCGGAGUGCAUCCAGAAGUACGUAUUCGAUGAAAGUUUUUUUUGUGGGUUCUACAAAAAUAAGAAAUUUUUGGAGCAAAACAUAAACCUGGGAAAUUUGAUAAAGGUGGAGAAGGAGAAGCUGCAAAAGAGUGAUGAUGGUCGGGGGGUUCCGUCGGAUGAUGAGGAGGAGGGCGAUUGCGACAAUCUCCUAGAGGAGCAGAUACAGGUAGACGUUAAAAGGGAGGUAGAAGUGGAGAGCAAAGCGGAUUUAAAGGAAGAGGGCACGGUUCCAGUUUCGGGAGAUGAUCUCGGGGCGAAGCGCGCGAACCGACAAGUGAAGAAGAAAAACAAGGGAGUUGCAGUGAAUGCGGAAGGGGGAGCAAGGGGUGAAAAUAAGAGUGAGGUGAAGGAGCAGGUUAAAGGUAAGGGCAAGGGUAAGGGUAAAGGUAAAGGUGAAAUUAAGGUUGAAGUUAAUGGUGAUAUUAAGGGCGAUGUAACGGGUGAUAUAACGAGUGGUGUAACGGGUGAUAUAACGAGUGGUACGACGGGUGAAGUAACGAGUGGUACGACGGGUGAAGUAACGAGUGAUGUAACGAGCGAUGUAACAGGUGAUGGUCUUGUUUGCACAGAGAAGAAGCAGGAUUUACAAUGCGCAACGCAGCUGACGAGCAGGAAGAAAAUCCAAUCCUUUUAUGAACAUGUCUUCAAGUAUUUAAUUUACCGAACGAUGUUAGUUGAAGGUGAGGUGUUGAACAAGUGUCUCAAUGACAUUGAAAAAAAAAAUGAAAAAUAUAAAUCCUAUCUGAAGGAAAAGGAAUUGUUCAAAAAAAGCCCAGAAGAAAUAUAUGCAGAUGCAUGUAAGAAAAAAAAUUACAAGGAUGUUCAGUCAGAAACGGAGAAUUUCAUCGUAAGUAACAUUUUUGAAAUUUUCUUUAAUAUAUCAAAAUUCUAUCCAAAUGAUGGAGGAAGAAUUUUUGUAUUUAUCUUACAGCAGCUGAAUUUGAAGGAUGGAGAUGUGGUGUAUAUAAAGCCAGGAGUUAUCCAUUCAUAUAUUUCUGGGAAUUGUCUGGAAUGCAUGACAAAUUCUGAUUUGGUCAUUCGAGGAGGACUUACAAACAAGGAGGUAGAUAAAUUAAACUUUAUUAAGUAUGUGAAUUACAAGAAAAAUUUUCCUAUAAUUCUUGAGAAGGAAUUUAUUAAUUAUAAUAUAAUAUCUUACAGUUAUUACAAGAUGAAGCAUUUUCGAAUUUUAUUUUUGACCGUUCGACCAGGAGAAAGUGUAACUUUUUUAUUUUCUGAGGUGAGCUUUACAUCAUGCAUCGUUUUGUCUAGCAAUAAGACUGUAAAAAUUAAGGGUAGAAAGAAUGAGAAGAAAAAAGCAAGCAUUAAGGCAGUGAAGAAGGGCACUGUUUUUUUUAUUGCCCCUAGCAUCCAUGUGACAUUGGCAAACUUCUACAAGUCGGAGGCGGACGGAGAUAAGGAGUUGGUUCUGUACUGCGCCACGUCUUGA